AUGAGCAGGGUCUCGAGAUUCUUGUCGACCACAAUGUUGACCAUUCCAUCCUUCCUUACCGCCCUCCUCGCGGCCACAGCCCUGGCAUACCCACAACCAGCGGUUGAAGAGCGAGCCACCGGCCUCACACGCAAGCACCUCACUCCUAAAGGCCGCAAGGCAGGGCUCUCCGGCUACAUCGGCAUCCAGUCCACCCCAGCCUUCGCCCAACUCGCUCCCCAUUUGAGCUGGUACUCUGACUACACCCCUAAUACCCCCCCAUCUCAUGGCCUCAAGGGCGUCGGCAUGCUCUGGGGCGCCUCCGGCUCCUCAUGCGGCUCCACCUCUGACGACCGCCUCGCAACCUUCAAACACAUGAUCAACAAAGGCAACAUCCCCGACACCAUGUUCGGCUUCUACGAACCCGACUGCUCCUGCCCUUCCUCCUCCGACAUGACCGUCGCCGAAGGCGCCUCCGACUGGAACGCCCUCCUCUCCCCCUUGGAUAAAAAGCACGGCACCAUCCUGGGCAGUCCUUCCAUGUGCAAACAAUACGACGAAGACUACCUCACGCCCUUCAAGUCCCGCAUCUCGCGCCCCUGGGACGUCACCGCCAUCCACGUCAACAAACCCAACCUCGCCGAAGCGAAGAAGGACGUCGAGUACUACGUGCAGAAGUACAAGAAGCCCGUGUGGGUGGCGGAGUUCGCGUGCGUGCAUGAUCAGCCGAGCUGGGAGCCCUGUACGGAUCAGGGGGAGAUUGAUCGGUUUAUCAAGGAUGUGGUGAAGUACUUCGAGGGGAACAAGCAUGUCGUGGCGUAUGGGCCGAGUAACGGGGAGGGGUUGGGGGAGGUGUGGCCGUUGACGAGGGAGGGGAAGUUGACGGCGAGUGGGAGGACGUAUUUGGAGGCUGUGAAGAGGGUUUAG